GGCGUAAUUGCAUAUAUUUCUACAUGAUGAAGGCUUCUGGGUUUUGGGUUUUGGUUUUGCUGCUUGGAACAUUUCUAGUACUAGUCCUUAAUGUCUCUAGCAGCAGAAAUGGCUGUUCUUAUCCAGAUUUUGUCUUCAACCACACUGGUGAUGGGCCAAAAAGGAUAGCUAUAAGUAGGAAGCUCAAGGAGACUGGCUACACUCCAAGCACACAGAAGAAAGGCAAUGUGAGAAAUGUGAAUCUGGAUGACUAUCACCCCAUUGAUCCUUCUCCAAGUUCAAAAGCUUCCAUAAAGCCGGGUCCGAUUGAGCACGGCACGCCUAUAAUCCCAUACAUUCCAAAGCCUUUACCUCCUGCUCAACCCAGUCCUGGUGCCACUCCUUAGCCUCCUCAUGACAUGUUCCUCUAUUGUGUCUGUGCAUGCUAGAAUCUUUAUGUUAAUUUCAACUUAGUAGUUGUCAUCAUAACGAGCUUCCAUGCAUAUAUGUUGUGUGUAUAAUGUUCAUGCACGAAUUCAGACUUCUGUGCAUGCCCUGUACUUGUUUGCGUUUUGUCAUCAGAUGAAGUUCUCGUGUCUUUGACAACCUUAAAAA